AUGAACUCACUAGCCAGCAGAUUCUCCACCACGGGCGUCGAGGCAGAAUUGCGCCGCGCACAGGCGCUGGUAGAUGAGGAUGAGAUGACCGACGCGAUGUGGGGUUCCGAAGCUGGCUUGGGCACACUCGCCUCUGGACACGGUUUCCCCGUCCCAUCCGUCCCUGACCCUACCGCCUUCUUGCGUCUGCACACAGACGACCACGCGGACCCCAACUGCAGGAUCAAGAUCCAGCAUGGUACCACUACACUUGCUUUCCGUUUCCGUGGAGGUGUCAUCGUCGCCGUCGACUCUCGUGCAACAGCUGGAAGCUACAUUGCGUCGGGGACGGUCAAGAAGGUUAUCGAGAUUAACCCUUACCUUCUCGGCACGAUGGCUGGUGGCGCUGCCGACUGUCAAUACUGGGAGACAUAUCUCGGCAUACAAUGUCGUUUACAUGAGCUCCGCAAUCACGAACGUAUCUCCGUCGCCGCUGCAUCCAAGUACCUGAGCAACUUGGUCUACGGCUACAAGGGAAUGGGUCUCAGUAUGGGUACCAUGAUUGCUGGAUGGGACAAGACGGGUCCAGCAUUGUACUACGUCGACUCCGACGGCACGCGCCUCAAGGGUGACCUGUUCUCCGUCGGCUCUGGUAGCACAUUUGCGUACGGUGUGCUCGACCAGGGCUAUUCCUGGGACAUGUCGGACGAGGACGCACAGGAACUUGGCAGGCGAAGCAUCUACGCUGCCGGCCAUCGUGAUGCCUUCUCCGGUAACACUGUGAACUUGUAUCAUGUUCGUGAAAACGGCUGGGACUUCAUCGGCAACUACGACGUGCACAAGCUGCACUUCGACGGCCCUGGCGAUGUUCCUGGCGCCACGGGCGGAGGCUACGGCUACGACGUGCGUACCGCCGGAAAGUACUCGGUUCUCGCGGAUGCGUGA